AGUUCUCCACCAACAACACCAUGCAUAGUCUUUUGUUAUUAUUGUUCUCGUUUUCAGCACAUUUGUACUCACUUUCUAAUUUUAUACCCUUUGUUGAAGCUACUAAAACCCAAACAAGCUUCACCAUUGAUCUUAUUCACCAUGAUUCCCCCCUCUCACCGUUUUAUGACUCUUCAAUGACCUCAUCGGAUAUUUUUAAGAAGGCCGCGCUGCGUUCCAUCGCGCGAUACUCCUUGAGUGAAAGUAGCAAUCAAUUCCCUGAAUCCAUUGUAUUUCCAAAUGGUGCGGCCGGCGAUUACCUUACAAAAAUCUAUAUCGGCACUCCUCCGGUGGAAAGAAUUGCCGUCGCAGACACGGGCAGUGAUCUCAUAUGGGUUCAAUGCUCGCCGUGCGACGACAAUUCUAGUUGUUUCUCCCAAGAUAGCCCACUGUUUGAUCCAAACAACUCUUCCACUUAUACUCCAAUUUCAUGUACCUCAGAAAAUUGCACGUUACUGUACCAAAACCAACAUACAUGUGGAACCUCAAAUGUUUGCGAGUAUUUGUACACGUAUGCCGACGACUCUUACACAAAUGGAGAAUUGGCUUCUGAUUCCAUAAGUUUUGAUUCCACUAGUGGUGUUACAUUUCCAAAUUCAAUUUUUGGAUGUGGCCAUAACAAUACUGUAACGUUUAAUAGCACUAAAAAAGCCACAGGGCUAGUUGGUCUAGGAGCAGGGCCAUUGUCACUAGUUUCACAACUUGGUGACCAAAUUGGUCACAAAUUCUCGUAUUGUUUGGUUUCUUUUGGUUCAAAUUCUACAAGCAAGCUGAAAUUUGGGGACGAUGCAAUCAUUUCAGGAAACGGAGUUGUGUCAACUCCGUUAACCAUCAAUUCCUCUACACCUACUUAUUACAACCUUAAUCUUGAAGGCAUAACCGUUGGUAAUAACACGAUUCAGAGUACUCAAAAUUCUAGCAACAUAAUCAUUGAUUCGGGGACAACGUUUACUUAUCUUGACCCAAGUAUGUUCAAUGAUAUCGUGACUCUGGUCACGGAAUCCUCAGCUGUUGAGGCAGUGCAAGACCCUCCAAAACCGUACGGUUUUUGCGGCAGUUUCCAAGGAUCAAGUGUUAACGUGCCUGAGUUCGUGUUUCACUUUACUGGUGCUGAUGUUGCUUUGCCAACUGAAAACAUGUACACCCUUGUUGACAACAACUUGCUCUGCUUGCUGCUGCUACCCAACACCGGAUUAAAUGGAUUGUCCCUCUUCGGAAAUUUGGCGCAGAUGAAUUUUCAGGUAGAGUAUGAUCUUCAAGGGAAUAAGGUUUCUUUUGCUCCUGCUAAUUGUACUAAUAGUAAUUAGCAUAUUCUUAUUACUUACGCCUUUUGUGUAUUAAAUAAAGUAAGAUAAUAAGAUUGUGUUAUAUCUUAUAUGCA